AUGACUAAAGGAGCAUGUAUUAUCUUCACAACCCACGAGCUCAACUAUCUUCUCCCGUCAUUUCUCCUUAUGUCCUUACGACCCAUAGCCCGGUCAACAUGGCGUCUGCGAGUCGCUCGUCCUCGUCGUCACUACGCAAUCCCUCCUAGACCGCCACCCUUCCCUACUACACCAACAUGUCCAAAUGCAACAUGUACCUGUUCUGCGAUGCCCGAGCUACCCCCUCGGCUGCCUAUCGAUUACAAGACAGCCCUCAAUGGCACGAUGGCGCCAUACGCAGAGCAAGUGCUGAUCUGUACAGGCCAGGAAGAUUGGUCGAGUAAAAUCGAAGAGGAGAAUUCAGGAGAUAACCUGGCUGCGGAUCUAAAGGAAUUGGUCGGGAGAGGAGGGACGUAUGCUGAUCCGUACCAUAACAUUUCUGUUACAAACUCCUCGUUUCCCUCAACGGUGCCCGGCAGAGAAGAGAUUCAAAAUUCAUCCGCAUACCUCUUCCCAUCAUUCAAAUACGUCCCCUUCCUACCUCGAGUAUCCUUCGACGCCGUUCAAGCGUUAGUCCAGGGACAUCUGCUACCAACGAAGCUCAACCCUGCACACGACAACCUCUCGCCGAUACACAAGGACAGGUUGCUAAGGAAGGAGGAAGCCAAGGCUCUGCUAUACGGAGUGCAAGACGUGAAGGAUGUCUUGGUCCUCAUAUGUGGUCACGGAGGGCGGGAUGCUAGAUGCGGGGUAAUUGGUCCAGUGCUGAAACUGGAUUUCGAGAGGCUGUUGGAGAAGCAGGAUAUAGGCAUACGGAACGGGCCGGUGGUGGUCAAGGGUCCUAGAGAAGAUGAGGAGAGGAAGGUGCUAAGGGAGGAAGAAGAGGUUAGAAGGCCUGGGGAGACUGCGAAGGUUGGGUUGAUAAGUCAUAUUGGGGGGCAUAAGUUUGCUGGGAAUGUUAUUCUGUACAUUCCACCGGGCAUGCGAAUGGCAGAUGGGAAAGAAAAUCCAUUGGCAGGUUGUGGGAUUUGGUAUGGCAGGGUCGAACCUAAACACGUAGAGGGUAUUGUGAAAGAGACCGUACUUGGUGGGAAAGUCAUUGAAGACUUGUUUAGGGGGGGCAUCAAACAAGGCGGGGAGAUUCUGAGGCUUUGA